CAAAAUUGCCCGGAAAAAGGGCAGAAGCUAAUUACCAGAUUUCCCUUUACGACCGUGAAUGAGAGCCGUGGCGGCUACAAUAUAAAAACAAAUAAAUUCCUGAGAUCGACAAUAAUAGAGUAAAGAAAACCCGACAACAAUAGUUCUCCUUCUUCUCAAGAGAUGGAGAAUCACACGAAGGACCUGCAAGAUUCAACCAUGAAAGUUUCAUCUCUUAAUUGCAUCGAUCUCGCCAACGAUGAUCUUCAUCAUUCAGUUGUUUCUCUCAAACAGGCAUGUUUGGAUUGUGGAUUCUUCUAUGUCAUCAAUCAUGGAAUAAACGAGGAGUUCAUGGAUGAUGUUUUCGAGCAGAGCAAGAAGUUUUUCGCUCUUCCUUUAGAGGAGAAGAUGAAAGUUCUGAGAAACGAAAAGCACCGUGGCUAUACACCUGUUCUUGAUGAAAUCGUAGAUCCUGAGAAUCAAGUCAAUGGAGAUCAUAAAGAAGGUUAUUACAUUGGAAUUGAAGUUCCUAAGGAUGAUCCUGAUUGGGAUAAAUUAUUUUAUGGUCCAAAUCCUUGGCCUAAUUCUGAUGUUUUACCUCGAUGGCGAGAAACCAUGGAGAAAUAUCAUCAAGAAGCAUUGAGGGUUUCUAAGGAUAUUGCAAGAUUAUUGGCGUUAGCACUUGAUUUGGAUGUGAAUUACUUUGAUAGCACAGAGAUGCUUGGAAAGCCUAUUGCAACGAUGCGAUUACUGCACUAUCAAGGUAUUUCUGAUCCGUCAAAAGGAAUAUAUGCAUGUGGAGCACAUUCUGAUUACGGAAUGAUGACUCUGUUAGCCACUGAUGGUGUAAUGGGACUCCAGAUAUGUAAAGAUAAGAACGAGAAGCCUCAAAAGUGGGAAUAUGUACCGCCGAUUAAAGGAGCAUUUAUUGUGAAUCUUGGGGAUAUGCUGGAACGUUGGAGCAAUGGCUUUUUCAAAUCCACGUUGCAUCGGGUUCUUGGGAACGGCCAAGAACGAUAUUCGAUUCCGUUCUUUGUGGAACCGAAUCAUGACUGUCUUGUGGAAUGUCUCCCAACCUGCAAGUCAGAAAGCAAUGUUCCCAAAUAUCCAGCGAUCAAAUGUUCGACAUACCUCACUCAACGUUACAAUGAAACACAUGCGGAGUUAAGCAUCUACCGACAACAAAAUUAAAUGCUCUUUUCCAACCAAUAGUAGUUUUGUCUUUGGAUGUAAGCUCAAAGAAAAGCCUUAAAAGAUGUAUAAGAUAAGUUGAAAAGUUUUACGGGCAUAACGCCCCACGAUUAUUUGCAGGACUACAUAUGUUUCUGUCUUGUUUCAACAUAUGUAUCCGUAUGAAUUGGAGAAGAGAUUAUAGUCUCUGAAAUUCUAUUUAUGAGACUACAAAGUAACAUUCAGAUUCAAUACGUGCUAGAUUCAAUGCGUUACAGAAAGUGACCAGGUCGUGGAGAAAACUAAUUCACAUAUUCUGGGUCCAAGGAUUAUGAUCUUCAAUACGCAACUCCUCAGAUACGGAUGCCAAGGAGAGAGUAAAAUAGAUAUUUCAUUACAAUCAAUCUCUUAUGCUAUCGAUUGCUAAACUUUCUCGAUCUUCGUAACGACAAACCAUGCAAACGGAUCCUACAUUGCCACAAGACAACAUUUUUGUCCUUUUAGUUUGAGUGUAUCAUCACACCAUUCUGGCAAUGACCUUUUUGCUGUUAGGAAAUGAUCAUAUCUUCCAGCAAUGAAUCAAAAUCUAAAGUUGCGAUCUCAGAGCUAAUUUUCACCCGAAGAAGUUUAGAC